CAGUCUAAAAGUAACAACGAAGCGAUAUAGUACGGCGGAAGCAAAAACAAAACUAAAAAAAUUAAAUUGUGUGUGUAUAAGAAUCUAAUAACAAACGGCGCUAACAACAAAUACUACAACAACAACGACUAGCAAGAAAUCUAAAGUGGCAGCAAUAUUUCCAGCAAAAGAGAAAGUCAACGAAAAUUCAAACUAAUUAAAGCAAAACAAAUUUAAAAAAAUAAAAAUUUGGAAAAAUAAAUAACCCAUCUACAUUAGAAUUUGCACUAAAACAUCGAAAGCAAAAAAAAUUCAAAACUAUUUCCGAAAUUAACAUUAGUGACUACGAACCGCAACAUAAAGCUUUAAUCAGUGAUAUUUCUGCAACAACAAGCAAAUAUCGUAAUAAAUAAAUAAUCAAUAAAAGAAAAAUCUACAACAAACUUUAACUGAGCGCAGCAACGAGGUGACCAAAACCAGCAACACCACCAACAACGUCAACAACAAUGCGCCCUACCGUCUUAUCCAAUGCGAAUGCAAACGCCUCAGCGGGCGUUGGUGGUGGCGGCGGUGGCUCUGUAGCCGGCAACACCACCAAUGGCAUCAAUAUACCCAUACAUCAUGAACCAGCCGGCGGCUAUUAUGCUGAUCCCAAUGCCGCCGCAUAUGGCUCGCCACGCCAGCAGCAACAAACACCACAACAACAACAGCAAGCGUAUCAUCAUCCACAUCAGCAGCAGGCGCCAACAGUAGGCCAACAACAACAACAAAUUCCGCAACAUUUUCAGCAGGGCUUUGGUUUCGAACCGGACAUGGACAUGGAUAUGGACAUGGACAUGUUUCCACGAAGCCGCCUCGGGCGCAUGCAUCAUGAUCCGUUCGGUAGCUUUGGCAACUCACCAGAUUUUGGCUUCCCUCAGUUCAAUUCGCUAGGACGUAGGCGUGCUGCCGAUCAUAUGGGUCGUGACGAUGACUUCUUCAAUCGGCUGCCAUCGGAAUUCCGCCAGUAUAUACCCGACGGUUUUGGUCACAGCCGACGUGGGGAAAGCGCCACAUUGCCACGGCAACAUAGCGCGCAGCAUUCACAACAGGUGCCAGUACAGGGUGGUAGUGGUGGUGGUGUCGCCCCAACAGCCUACUAUCAGUCAUAUGUGCCCGCUUCACCGCCCAAUGGCGGACCGCAAUCGCCUUCGAAGAAGCUCUGCGAUGCUGCCAUACAAACCGAAGAUCCCGCAAUGCGUACAAGCGGCGAUGAAGUUGACAGCGCUGCACCUCAGCAGCAUGGUGAUAGUCUAAAACAGCAUGGUCUACGCAACACAGUCGACAUGGGCGUCAAGUCCGCCUUAGAGUCAGAGCAUGAAGCACGCGCGCAUUCGGCGCCACCACAUGAACAACAGCAACAACAACAGGUACCAGUAAAUGGCGGUAAACGUCCAACACCGCCACCCCAAGCCGGUCAAUCACAAUUCGGCACACAAACUAGUCCACACGUGCAAACUGGCGCCCAGCAACCGCAACUGCAUAAGGCUUACUAUGCUCCACAGCAUCAGCCGCACCCACAGCAACGACAACAGACGCCACCACCGCCACAAACUCCAGGCGGCAGCUAUGUGCGUACUAUACCGAUCUUUGUCGAGGGUCGCUCCGAGCCGAUCAUAAACGCUCACAAGGAAAUACCAAAUCAGAACGCUGCGCCUGCUCAAUCGCAGGCCACGGCUAGCGCAACGGCUAGAGCACAUGUGCCACCACAGCACCAACAGCCACAAUACCACCAGCAACAGCAGCAGCAUCAUCAGCCGCAACAGCAGCAACAACACCGUCCCACUCCAAUCAAUACUCAGCAGCAGCCGCAGCAACAAGGCGCUACCCAGCAGCCCGCUGGCGUGCCACCACAAACUCCACACACGCUGGACUCAAUCAGCAAAAUUCAAGACAUUCAACGCGAUGUGCUCGAUCUCAUGGGAAAGGUUGAGAAGUUCACUGGCACACGCCAAGACAAAGAGUACGCCUAUCUCGAUGAGAUGCUGACGCGCAAUCUACUCAAGCUAGAUACAAUCGACACGAAUGGCAAGGACAGCAUUCGCUUGGCGCGCAAGGAGGCCAUCAAAUGCAUUCAGGCUUCGAUCAAUGUGCUCGAGGCGAAAGCGAACGAGAACACCAAGGCUGCUGAGCAGUCGGCAGAAGAUGGUGCAGCGCCACAAGAAGCAACAGAAGCAGCGGGCGAACCAGAAGCGACUAAAGAGGCUGUGACGCGAAAGAGCGCCUCGAGAGAGAAAGUAGAGUCAGCUGUAGAAGCACCAGCGGCGAAAGCCAACGAGUCAGAGCCCGAGCCGGCUGAUGCAAAACAAAUCCAAGCACCCAUACCAUUGCCGCCACCAGAGGGCAUGCAAGUAAAUGAGGUAACAACAGCCGGUAGUGAGGCAAAGAGCGCGGAGACGAAUAUACAAAACAGUGAGUCGGCUGGGGAGGUGAAAGUGGCUGAAGAAGCGGCCAGUGGCGCGGUUGGAGAGGGUGCAACAACUGAGGUGUCGUCAAUGGAUGCGGCGGAGUCGAGCAAAUGAUGACUGGAACAGCAGCGCAGCUCUAACGGCGCCGUGAGGUCAUCCUCCUCCUCCUCCUCCUCCUCCUACGCAGCUACAUUUUCAAAGCGUUUACAUAGCAUCACCAAACGAAAGUCUUAAAAAGGACUCAGUUUCAUACAUCAAAAUAAAUGUAAAAUUCGUUGUGUUAGAAAUUUAACGAAAAAAUUAAGAAAAAAUACUUAUAUACUUACCUAUACGUUUUUAUUUUAUGCCACAAAAAAAAAUUAAAUACUUUAGAAAAUAUUGAAAGAAAUGCUGCUGUUUCCGGAAGGAGUGCGCAUAAUUUUUAGGAAAAGUACAUAUAAUAUUCGUAAAUAAAAUUGAGUAGAUAGCGCGCAGAUGCUCGGUUACGCUGAGGCCACAGCUGAAGCGAUCUCGACUCUGUACGACGGCACGGGCAUCAUGUUUUGUUGGGCGAAAAUUUAAUAAUAAAUAAGAAUAAAAAUAUUUAAAAAAAUAA